AUGAGCGAUGACGAGGAUGAAGACCGACAGACGCUACUGUCGCCUCCGCCGGCAAAGGCGCUAGACAAGCCCCUCAAAAGAUCGCAAUGGGUCAUCAUGGUCAUCAUCAUGCUUUGCGAGCCCGUUUGCUUCUCCGUCAUCUUCCCCUUCAUCAAUGCCGAGAUCGCCUCGCUAGGUGUACCCACAGAGCGAGUAGGCUACUCUGCAGGCGCGGUCGAGUCUGCAUUCGCCCUCGCGCAGCUAUUCACUGUGCUCGCGUGGGGCCGAGCGUCAGACAAGUUCGGUCGAAAGCCCAUCAUGAUCUCAGGCUUGGCCGGCGUUGCGAUCAGUAUAUGUUCCUUCGGCUUGUCGAGGACGAUCCCCGGCUUGAUCGUCAGCCGAUCGCUCGCAGGCGGGCUGUCUGGCAAUGUCGCCGUUGCCAAGAGCAUGAUGAGCGAGAUGACGAGCCCUGGGUCCAAGCGGCGUACUAGAAUGUUCUCACUCAUGCCUGUCUGCUGGUCCUUCGGCUGCGUCAUCGGCAGCGCACUCGGGGGCGGUCUGUCCAACGCGGCCAAACGCUAUCCCACCGUCUUUGGCGAUUCUGCUUUCCUACAUGCGUACCCUUACGCGCUGCCUUGUCUCAUCGCCGCCGUCUUUCCCUUUGUUGGCGCCGUUCUCAGCUCGAUCGUGCUGGAAGAGACGCAUCCGAAUCACCAGCCAAAGUACGAGAGGAUAGCAAGCUAUAGCAAGACGCUCAGGCAUGAGCGCACGAUCUCCGUUGCCUCGGCUUACAGUGACGAUGCGCUGCUAUCGCCAACGGCCGAGCGGCGGUCGAGUCAGUACGAAGAUCAUGCUUUGCAGGGUCAGGAUGAGCUAGAACGGGAGGCUGCAUUGCACGACAAGCCAAAGCCGAGUCAGCUAAGGAUGCUGCUGAGAGACCCGCAAGUUCAGAUCACACUCGCCAACUUUGCGACGCGCGCCACCGUCAUCACCGCCUGGACAGCUAUCCUGCCGCUUUUUGCAUUCACGCCAGUCAAGAGCGGCGGUCUCGGUAUGUCCGAAGGUGAACUAGGCACGAUGCUCAGCAUCAGAGGCCUGUCAGUCACGUUCUGCCAGCUAUUCCUCUUUGUUCCGCUGCACGAACGGUACGGCGGACUGAAGCUAUAUAGAUUCUGCAUGCUGCUCUAUCCGACUACGUAUAUCUUUCCGCCUUUCAUCAACCAGUUUGCACGCAUGGAAGGCACACCCGCGCGCAUAGCAGAAUACAGCGUCUUAUUCAUCCAUCUGGCAAUCGUCAGCUUUGCCAACAUCUCCUUUUCGUGCAUCUCCUUGCUCGUCAACGCGCUCGCCUCAGGCUCGGACUCGCUCGGAACGCUGCAUGGUCUUUCGCAGACGACAGUUUCGUUUGCAAGAGCUAUCGCGCCCUGGGCAGGCACAUCGCUAUUUGCUUGGUCGAUCACAGAUGCUCCGGAAGUCUUCAAUGGCUACCUCAUCUGGCUGCUGAUGAUCCUAUUAGGCCUAGUCUGCGCGUCGCUCUCCUUUGGCUUGAGCAAGGACACUCGCAGCUUCACCAGUGAGGAGCACCCAGGCUCUGAGCGGCGUCCCACCACGUUAAGAACACCGACCAGAGCAGGCGCUUUCGAGCUAGAAGUGCACUCCUUCGACGCUCUGCGACUGCCUAGCAGCGCUCAUCAGCUAGGCACAGCUCUACGCCAAUCCUCAAUCGAUACGAGCUACCAAGCGAGCUCGCAAGGACAAGACAGCACGUUGACUGCAGGCAGCGCCGAGCAGACGGGCAGAUUCACAGCGGUUUUGCUGUCUCGCUGCUGCUGUUGUGGAGGCUCGACUCGAUCCGAGAAGGAAGCUAGCUGCGCUCUCAACUCGGACUUGGCUGUCGACUCCCACCGCGCCAAGUCGACUACCUCUUCGCGGCGACCUCAUUCUUCGACGCUCGUAGGUGAUCAGACCUCACUCUCGCUCGCUCUUGCAGAUUCUUCUGGCAAGAAAGACUUCGGUGAGCAAGAACGGAUUGAGCUACCUCUCUUCGGCGUUCUAGCACCAAGGCCGACUCGGCAGCCUCCCCAACCUAGGCGUCAGCGAGUGUCACCACCUUCAGCAGGCUCUCAGCAGACCCCUGGCAGUCGAGACUCGUAUCGACGCAUUUUUUCGAGACACUACGGCCGACUUUCGCGUGCCGUUGAGUCGACCUCUUCCGCUGCCUCACGUGAGCACGACUGUAGCGCUCCUUCGGUACCGGAACAACCUGAUAAUAGCGACAUGGCCUCUAUGGGACCUAUCAACGGUCUACGCGUCGGCGUCGAGGACGCCACAAAGCACAUCAAAGUGUCUGCCUCUGAUGGCAAGUCUGGAGCGCCAAAGGAGCUCGUCUAUACCAACUGCAAAGUCGUCGGCAAUGGAUCCUUCGGUGUCGUCUUUCAAGCAAAGCUUGUGUCAUGCACUCCGGGCGAGGGAGAAGCUUCUUCGCCCGUCGGCGAGAAUGGCGAGCAGAAGCAAGGUAGUGGCAUAGCCGCAGGCGAAGAUGUCGCGAUCAAGAAGGUCCUGCAGGACAAACGCUUCAAAAACCGAGAGCUGCAAAUCAUGCGCCUCGUCAGCCAUCCUAAUGUCGUGGACUUGCGAGCAUUCUUCUAUUCCAACGGAGAAAAGAAAAAGGACGAGGUCUACCUCAACCUCGUUCUCGAAUUUGUGCCAGAGACAGUCUACCGAGCUUCGCGGCACUUUGCAAAACUGAAACAGACGAUGCCGAUGGCGACGAUCAAGCUGUACAUGUACCAGCUGCUUCGGUCGCUUGCUUAUAUCCACUCUCUUGGAAUCUGCCAUCGCGAUAUCAAGCCACAGAAUCUCUUGCUCAAUCCGAUCACAGGCGUUCUGAAGCUUUGCGAUUUCGGUAGCGCGAAGAUCCUGAUCGCUGGCGAGCCGAAUGUCAGCUAUAUCUGCUCGAGAUAUUACCGAGCUCCAGAGCUCAUCUUUGGCGCGACGAAUUACACCACCAAUAUCGACGUGUGGUCGACAGGCUGCGUGAUGGCAGAGCUCAUGCUCGGGCAACCUCUUUUCCCUGGCGAGUCCGGCAUCGAUCAGCUGGUCGAGAUCAUCAAGGUACUCGGCACGCCGUCGCGCGAUCAGAUCAAGACGAUGAACCCCAAUUAUAUGGAGCACAAAUUCCCUCAGAUCAAGCCUCAUCCCUUCUCAAAGGUCUUCCGACCUCGAACGCCGCAAGAUGCGAUCGAUCUGAUCUCUCGCUUGCUCGAGUAUACGCCCUCGUCUCGGCUGACCGCCGUGGAAGCCAUGUGUCAUCCGUUCUUCAACGAAUUGCGCGAAGCAGACGCCAAGAUGGUCAACGGCAAGGAUAUGCCGCCCCUCUUUGACUUUACGCUCAAUGAGCUGAGUGUACGACCGGAUCUGAACGCUCAGCUGGUGCCGGGUCACGCGGAAGAAGCACUCAAGUCGAGGGGGAUCGACGUGCACAACUUCCAGCCACUGUCUGCAGAAAGCAUGCGCAUCACGCUCGACUAA